CUUCAUUUCACUUGAUGUGCUCUGCUCAAGAUGGGGAAAGUAUGGGUUGAGGUUUGCCUGAUUUCUGCUCGGGGGCUUAGGCGAACCUCAUCCUUGUGGAAGCUCCAGUGGUUUGCUGUUGGAUGGAUUCAACCUGAGGAUAAAUAUUGUACCAGAAUUGACACUUCAGGGAACGCAAAUCCAGUUUGGAAAACCAAGUUUUCAGUGGCAGUUGAUACUUCUGAAUCGAAGUUUCAAGAUUUUGCCAUCCAUGUUGAAGUUUACAGUAGAGAGCCGAUCUUUCUUAGAGAAAGCCUCCUGGGAUCAGCAACUAUUGCUUUGAAAGAGUUUCUGGACAAGUACGAUUCUAAAUCCGAAGUCUCAAAGCCAGUUGAAGAAGUAGGAAGCUUUCAGCUGCGGAAAAGAAAUUCAAACAAACCUCGAGGAUUCAUUGAUAUCUCAAUCAGAAUUUCAGAAGAAAGGGAAGACCCCAGUUCAUCAUUUCCAGGUGGUGAAGAAAGAUUUAAUUUAACGGGUAACUUUGGUGGCAUUAACCUGGCUAGUGAGCAUGGAACUUUACAAUCUUCCAGGCCCCCUUUGCCUCCAUCCACUUCUCAGCAACCAGAAAGCGUCCAUAUGAUGCCAAUUCCUCCAAAUUAUUCCCACCACUCCCCAGUUGGUGGAGCAAACUACGCUGCAACUGGUGGACCUAGCUAUCAACCACCUCGAACUUCCCCACCACCACCACCACCUCCUCCCCCUGCUAAUGUUGGAUAUUUUCCGAACUUUUUCCCAACAAAUAACUACAUGCCUAGCAGUUACAUAAACAUGCCAUCUUCAGUAGCACCACCAGGGCAUGGACGUGGGCGUGGAUUUGGAAUGGGAGCAACCACAGGAGCAUUAGCUGCUGGUGCAGUAAUCUUUGGAGAUGAUUUCUUGUCAGGAUUUGAUCUGCCUGGUGCUUCAGGAGAUCCUAGCCUUACCAUAUCAACCUAUCCUCCAUUUUAGAAUUACUUUGGCAGUCUUCUUGUUGUGCUGGUUGGUCGAUUUAAGAUAUCAUUUUAGUCAUUGGAGUCUUGUGAUGACAUUUUCUGUGAACGGUUUUAUAUGAGUAAAGAUUUUUGCAAA